CGAUGUAAUCAGUUCGACCCGGACUGACCCGAAUGCGGUAGCUGUCCACUAUAAAUGCUGCCGAGCAAUCGGUCAAUGAAUUCAUAGUUUUCUUUACAGCUGAUCAAAAUGGCUACUUGCUCUCGGUGGAUCGUUGUCGCUGUACUUCUCAUCGCUACCUGCGUCGUGUUAAGCCGGUCCAAUCCGACAACGGCAACGGAGGCGGACAGGCAGAAAUAUAACGAAUUUAAGCGCACCUGCGCCAGAAUUCUUCGAACUCCGGCUGAGGAGCUGGAGCAAUAUAUGAACUCGAAGUACGAGCAAAAGCAUGACACCUUCUGCUUCAUACGCUGCGUAUCGAUCCUGAAUGGAGUCUACGAUGACAAUACCGGUGUGGAUUUGGGCCGAAUGUACGCGUCAAUGGGCGAAGGUCUUACCGAGGAGCAGUUUAACGAGCAGGCCAAAAGCUGCCUGGAGCCGGUGGAAGGGGAACCGGAGGAAACCUGCUACUGCAGGAAGGCGUGGAAGAAGCUCUGGUGUAUUCGUAGGCAAUACUUGGAGCGAAAGAAGGCACAGGAAGCGACGGCAGCCUAGGGUGGAAGUCUAAUUUUAGCUGAAAAUAUUCCACGCAAUUGAAUCGAUGUAGAUCAUGCAUUGAAGCCCAAUAAAAAGACCGAAAAUAUAGUAAACGCAACAAACAAAAUACAGAAUUAAUUCUACAUUCUCGAAGGCUAAGAUCUGAAUUUCUUGAAUCCACCAAGAUGAACAAUGUGGUUUUAUAUUGGAAUGACCAAGUCAAACGGGUGAAACUGAUUUAUUAUAUAAAUCUUUUUCUGAAAUUGAUUUUGCUUGAUAUAAAAACACGUCCAAAGAA